UUCAAUAAAAAAGAAUCCCCCAUUAUUUGUUCAAUUUAUGCUACAUGGGAUGAGUCCAUCAGAAGUGAGAGACUGGAUUGGGCUGAUUUCUCUUAAUUGUCUGUUUCUUUUGUACUAUGCAUACAACCCAAGGGCAUAUUGGCCUGAUUUUUGAGAUAAGGCAUUUGUGCAGUGAGGCCUGCAUGAUGAGCUGCUUGAAUCUCAAACACGCUUCUAUUGUGUGGCAAGUGCCAAGCCAAAAUGGUGCAAUUUUUGCUAAUCCUGAAUCAUACGGGGCGGAGAUCGCACAUGCAGACUUCUCUUUUGGUAGCUUAUAUCUUCUCAAGUCUACCAACAGUACUUUUCAACAUUUUACGAGGACAGUUUGGCUUAUGGGUUGCCUUUCUGGCUGUUGCAUCACAUCUCUAUUUUCCUGAAACCUUCCCAGUUUCUCGUGUUGUAUUGUUUGUCGUCACGCCUAGUUGGGUGUCUCAUGCACUUCGCGACAGCAUUGCUGGAUGCAUCUCUUGUCUUGUAAUCGGAGCCUUCCUUCUAUUAGCGCAGAUUCGAGGAAUCGGAGGCUGCAUAAAUUGCUGCGAAGAUUUUCAGAGAGUUUCUUAUGUUGUGAUUAUAUCUUUACUGCUGCUCUUUCCCAUAUUGUAUCUUUGGAUGGGACCCUACUAGGGCCUUGAAGCAUUGUUUUCAUCUAGGUCCUUUCGAACAGCUCCGCUCACCAGUUCUCUGCAAUUUCGGGUACCAAAUCUUCCCAUUUUAACCCUUGUGAAAGACGUCGGGUUUAAUAUGUAUUUCCUGAGAUAUGGAAGUUUCAAGCCAUGUAAAUGGGUAUCUUUCGAUUUUCAUGUUUGAUUCGGCAGAUCGAUGGAGAUGGAAACUUCACCGAUGUUUGAUAUGAGGACUAAUCUUCUCAUGUCAUUGCUUGUGGUAUUUAUACAUUUUAUUACGUGGA